UUCUUAAUCAAUUAAACCCGUCCCUCCAGCGUUCUAUCUUAGCUUUUCGUUUGACGCCAGUUUUAAAACCCUGCGCCAAAGACCUAAAGGAUUCUUUGUUUACGAAUGGACACAAGAGAGACACGCUCUCUCAAUUUUCGACGCCUUUUAGCCUUUUGUGAGUUUUUUCCAUAACUGUGAUUUUUAAUUCGCCAUCAAUGCCAGAGGUUUUUUCUUCUCUCGCGAGCUAUACAUAGAUUUUCCUCGGAGAGCAUGCACAGCAAAAGUGAAAAUUGCGCAUUGUUACACGGCAAAAAAAAAUUACCUUCAGAUUGUGCAGUAAAGGAAUUAAAUUUCUAGUUUGACGCGGCCACUCCGGAAAUUUAUAAUUGAUGACACAAAAACUCAAGUGAGAGCUAGCGAGAGAGAGAGAGAGAAAGAGAAAAGAGAGACUCUCUUUUUUAAACUAUUGAUAUAAGGAAGUUUUAAUGCAUCAACGGAGCUCAUUUGAGAACACACUUGGCCGCCUUUACACUGUAUAUGUGACAGAGUGAAGUCAGAAGGACAGAGUCUCAACUCUCGUCUACAGAAAGAUCUGUGUAGAAUUCAAUCCGAUUAGAUCAAUUGCUUUGAAUUGGAAAUCCCCGGGCUUAGAUAGAGGCAUGUAAACAUAGCACGUGGUGUGUGGAGGAAUCAAUUGCUUGUAACGUUCAUUCCUGUGUUAAAAGGUGGACAUUUUUUAAACUUAUUUUUAAACUCUCUUAGUAGUGGGUGUAACAAAACAACAACAAAAAAGGUAAAUCGGAUGUUUUUUCACAUGACAAGGUAGUAACCAGAAUUCUGUUCAGUAUGGGAGCAGGCGUAUCUCGUCAUGGACAAGUGAGGCGGAAAGUCCAAGCCGUCAAUGCGUUUGAGGACGCGGGCAAACGUCACAGGCGUAAAAAGAACUCUAAGAAAAGUAACAAUAUCGUCAUGAGGGAGGAAAAAGUGGACAGUGUGACGUCAUCAGACAAAACGAAAUCUCAUUGGAUGCGGGUGAAAGAAAGGACCAUUUCCAAAACGGAACUGGAGUCCCGGUCGGUCCUCCGUCUCAGUGAUUUCAACAAGGUGGUGCGGAAACGGACUUUAGAGAAAGAAGACGACGUACCAAUCAGCAUACCGUAUGUUUCAAAUGAAAAGGUUGAACCGGAAGAGCUAUGUCAUGUGUGUAGUGUUUACACCGGAAGAGAAACCUAUCCAUGCCGCAUUUGUUAUAAAGUAUAUCAUGAAAGUUGUCUUCGAAAACUAGGUCAAUGCAACGACCCUGCCUCAUCUGUCCUCUUAAAGAAAGCCCUCAAAGCCACGGGCUGGAGCUGCCAAAACUGCGACGACCUGAGCAGUCUACUGACAGAGGAAGAAUUACAUAACCUGUUUUCUUCCCUAGAUCGCUACGAAGUUGCACAAGAUUCGAGCAUUGGAUUAGAGGAUUUUAUGGAAUACCGAAAACGUUGCUAUGCCGACGAAGAUGGUGGAACUUUACCAAAAGAAUCUCUUCAAGAAGAUCUCGCGAGAUUCCACCGGAUCGACAAAGAUAACACAGGAUCCAUUACGUGGUGGGAGUUUAUCAAUUUCGAAUCCAUUCGGAUUCUAAAGAAGCGCAGCAAGAACUCAAAUGUUCAUCUCAUGUCACCAAGGGAAAUUGAAAUCGCAAGGCGACUCUUCCGUAUCUAUGACGACAGUCACCAAGGAAACAUAACGGAAGUGAACGCAAAGAAAGCCAUUGCCGCAUACUACACGCUAUUUAUAGAAUGUGACGACACACUUAAUGGGUUUGCCGUAUUUUCGAAGAAGGAAGAAGAGUUAGCGUUCGUCCUGACCGAGAGUCUGUCCUUUACAAUGGACACGGAAGCAGACAAAUCGAGGAACGUUUCGUGGCAGGAGUAUAUUCUAGAGCUCAGUCUGUAUGUACUCGCAGCCAGGCCAAACUUGAGCCCAGUUCCGGUGGAGAGUUCCGAAUGGACCAAAGGCGACCUGUUUGGGGUUAGCAUGGUCCUUCCUCUCAUAUCAACACACGCCAAGGAAUUAGGAGCCACACCUACAAUAACAGGGAUCAUAGGAUCAACAUACGGUGCCUUACAGCUGUUCUCCAGUCCAAUUGUGGGCCAGUGGAGUGAUGAUGUGGGGAGAAAGUUCUGCCUCCUGUUCUGUUUGCUGGCCUCGGCGGGGGGAUAUUUCCUCCUCAGUUUCUCCACCACUCUCAUUCUUCUGCUGGUCUCAAGAAUUCCUACAGGAAUUUUCAAGCACAGUCAGAGCGUGUCAAGGUCAUACCUGGCGGAGGUGACCCCCCAGCCUGACCAGUCGGGGGUUCUGGGAACGUUUAAUGCCGCCUCCAGUAUGGGCUUUAUCCUGGGGCCAAUGGUGGGGGGAAGGCUGGCAGAGACCAGUGGCGGUUUCUACAAAGUGGCUUUACUGUGUACUGUGAUAUUUGUACUCAACGCAGUUUUGGUGUGGGCAGCAGUCAGUGAUAAAGAUUCUAAUGUGUCCAGAAAAGACAAUCCUUCUAUGGGGACCAACUCAAAAGAUUCAAUAACAAAGCCAAACAUAGGAGAAGACAGCUUUAGUCUGAAGCAGAUGAUCCAGUCCUUCCGAACGUUUGACUGGAAAAACCUUUGGGACUUAUUUCUCAUCAAAUUCUGUCUCGGGUUUUCUAUCCUUCUUUACAGAAGUAACUUUUCAUUGACAAUGAAUGAGAAAUUCCAGAUGUCGCCCAGCAGUAUAGGGAAUCUGACGUCAUACUCCGCAACCGUGGCGGCACUCAGUGGAUUUCUUGUGGGGAGAAUCUCAAAAGUGUUUAGAAGUGACGCACAGAUUGUGUUCUAUAUGGCAGCAUUUCAAGCUUUAACGUUACUUUCGUUAAGUUUAGUGAAUGACAUACGACUGUAUGUCAUCUGUUUUACACCUGUAAGUCUCAUUUCUACAAUGUUACGAGUUGCCGCCAUUAGUUUGACGAUACAACGUUGUGGCGGGAAAAAUGUCGGAGGAAUUAUGGGUAUGAGUCAAAGUGUGAUGUCAUUAGCGCGCAUGCUCUCGCCCUUCAUUUCCGGUCUAGUAAUGGAAGUCAGUGUUUCAGGAACUGCAUUGGUUGGAUCCUUUGCAUCAAGCGUUGCUGUGAUAAUAAUGAUAGUACGCUCACAAGAGCCUAAAAUUAACACAGAGAAAAAGGUGCAAUGA